UCAAACACAGGUGUUUUCGUAAUUCGUAUCUAGAAUUUUGAAAUAAAAUGUAAAUUAACAAAAUGGUUAACUUUCGAAAUGCUGCUUCUGCUUUCCAAACUCUAAACGGACUUAUAUGUGUGUACAAACCCUCAUGUGUUCCAAUCAAACAAGUACAGCACACGAUAAAAACCAAUUUGUGUAGAGAUCUUAAUAAGCUGCCUGACCGUCCACGUGAAAAGCGGGUGGAGAUAGUAGGUGCUACCAAUGAGCCCAUGACCGUAAAGUUGGUGCCCAACUAUGCUGAUGACCCACUAGUUUGCGGGCCGCGGUACAUUCUGGAAGACAUACGAUGCAGUUGGGCUACACAUUUAGGCCUUUUCAGUAGUGGCGUCUUAUUGCUAGGUAUAAAUGAAGGCACGAAACUUACAUACCUCAUCAACACAUCUAGACUGACAAGGGCAUAUAAAAUACAAGGCCAGCUCGGGAAGGCAACAGAUACAUUUUUCUGGAAUGGCAAGACCGUUGAGCGAUCUGCGUAUGGUCAUGUGACAAGGGAGAAGAUAGAUAGAAUAGUUGCCUACAUGCAGGCAGCACAUCAGAAGGCUAUGUAUGAACAAUCUGGCCUCCACAUGGAAUCACAAACCACAUAUGAAUUGGCUUCUCAGGGCCUCCUAAGGCCAGCACAUAGUAAAUUACCAAUAAUAUAUGGAAUCAAGUGUGUACACUUUGACUCCCCAAAUUUUACAUUAGAGGUACAAUCAGUAAAUGAGUAUGACCACUAUCUAUGGACGUUAGUCCACGAUCUGGGCAUACAGCUGAAAACGUCUGCCCACUGCACCGGGGUACAGUGCAUCAGACAGGGCAAGUUCACCCUGGACGUGGCACUGUUGAGGAAGCAUUGGCAGCUGGAACACAUAAUUGACAAUAUGGAUAGAUGUCGGCAGAUUUUAGAAGAAAACAAAAAUCUGAUGAGGCCAGAGUCUGCUAGGUUAUCACUGUAAAUAAUGUAUUAGAAUUUAGUUAAUGAAUAAAUAAAAUAAGUAAAUACA